AUGGCGACGAUGAUGGCGGUGGUAGUGAUGGCGGUAGUGAUAGUGAUGAUGAUGAUAUUGGGAAGUGGAUUUCCAAUGGAGAGCACUGACGACCAACUUGAUAAUGUGGAGGAAAGUGUGGCAGAAGACCAAGAGACAGAGCAGCAGGAUGGAGUUGAUCAAGCAGCAAACAAUGGUCAAACUAACGUACCUCCACAUGCUCAGGAUCCUCCUGGAUCUGAAGUAAUUGAUGCAGAAGAGGAAGAAACACAGCAGCAAGAUGGAAAUGACCAAGCUGCAAACAAUGGUCAAACUAACGUAUCUCCACAUGCACAGGAUUCUCCUGGAUCUGAACUAAUUGGUGCAAGCAUGGACGCAGAAGAGGAAGAAACAGAGCAGCAGAAUGCAAAUGACCAAGCUGCAAACGACGAAGAAGCAAACAUGACGCCCGUUGCGCAGGAUCAGACUGUAUCUGAACUAAGUGAUGUGGGCAUGGAGGCAGAAGAGGAAGAAACGGAGCAUCAGGAUGGAAUUGACCAAGCAACAGAUGCUGAUCAAGCAAACAUGUUUACUUUACCACAGGAUCAGCCUGGAUCUGAACUGAUUGAUGUGGGUGCACAGCUAUACAGCAGUGGUACUGAAGAUGACCCUGCUGUGAUCGCUCAGUCUGAGCAGGAAAACGUUUUUCCAUUUCACAACCUUGUGACCAUCAUGGAGGAAAAAGACGAUGAGGAAGAAACACAGCAUCCGCAUCAGCCUAUAUCCGAAUUAAUUGAUGUCGACACAUUGCCAUACAUUAGUGGUGCUGAAGAAAACCUUGUGGUGAACACUCAGUCUGAGUUGGAAAAUGUUUCUGAAGUUCUGUCAACCCAGGAAGUUAUAAACCUGGUCAAGCAGGAGGAUGAAGAGGAGACAACUAUAGAGGAUAACCAGGAAGAAGACUUUGUUGUUCUUGAUGCUGAUCAUCCUCAGCUUGCGAAACAGCAAGCAGCACUGAAGCUCCAAAUCCUCAAAGAACUUGAGAGGCUGAGAGUGCAACUGCAUGAAGAGACGGGGCUUGCCAAGACAGAGGCAACCCAAACGGAGGAUUUCUAUGCUGUGUUGUAUGGGGAACAGCAGAGGCUGAAAACGGUCCAGGCAAGACUGGAUGGUAUACAGAAGACCAAGGUCUUAGCUGAAGGCAAACAUAAAGUGGCACAAAAUGAUCUGAAGGCAGUUAAGUUAUGCCAUUCCAGCAUCACUGAAGAGCGCACCAAGAUCAGAGCCAAUGUAACCAAACUCCAGACAGAACUAGAACGAGUGAUGAUGCAUGUCACCUUCACACAGCAGCUCAGUGACGAACUUCAAGCUAAUGUAAAAUCCACAAAGAAUGCCACAAAAAAAGUAGGAACUGAUAAAACAGUGGCUGAAGACCAGAAAUUAAAGCAGGAUAUAUAUGUAGAUCGCCUUACAAGGGAAUUGGACAGACUAACACAACAGAUGGACCUAUAUGUUGCUCAGACUAGUGCCCAGGCAGAGACAACACAAGCAACCAAGGAGGCUCUUUCUGAGGCUGAAAUGCAAAUGGAAUCUCUGGCAAUGGCACAAAAACAACUGCUGCAGCAGUGGAACGCCAGCCUGCUCAAUAUGAGGAUGCAAAAUGAAGAAUUUGGAACAAUUCAGGAGGCUGUAAGCAUGGCAGAGCAUGAAGUGAGGUUGCUGGAUGGAGAGAUUGAAGGGAACAAGAAAUCCAUUUCCGAGCUGCAAGAGAAAAGUGAGUCUCUGACAAUGCUGCUGAACUGCGCCCUGAUGGACUGUGAUGUCUCCAAAAAGAUGAUCAGUCAGAAACAGACCCAGUAUGAAUCACUGCAGGCACAAUACAGCACCUACGUUCGUGCUGUGGCGCAGACAGAACGGACACUCACAGAACUCACUAAGGAGGAUAACGGCCUUAAAAGUGAUGUGACCGAUCAGAGACGAAAACUGGAAAAAAACAAAACUAAGCAUUUGGAGUUGGAGAACUUCAUUAUGACCCAAAUGCUGAAGAAGCUCAUGGACAGCAAGGCUGCUCAGUAUUAUCAGCGUCUCACCAACAAGAAAGCCUCUCUUAAGAAAGAGAAGAUCUAUCAGCUGUGGCAGUUGGAGAGUUCUGUAAUGGCAGCCGCCCUCGAGAGCAAUGUGAUCAAUGAAAAACUGGAAAACCUGUCCCGAACGCAGAAGGAGCUUGAUGAGGAAAUAAGAAAGUACAACAAGGUGGUUGAAUCUAACCAGACAAACAGUUCUUCUAUCGACGCACUCAUCUCACAGAAGCAAACCACCAUUUCAAACAUCAACAAGAAAAUUGAUCUUAUCGCAUCACGAACUGGGCAUGAAGACCUCAGCCCUUUGCAAAUCAAGGCAGAAUCAAUAAAAACACAGAUUGAGACAUUAUCACAAAAAAUCAAGAAUGAUCAGCAGCUGUGGCUGAAGCUUCAAGGAAUACUAAUAGGGCUAACCCUGGCGAUCCAGACACACAACAAGGAAUAUAAUAAACUUCAAGCAAAGUACACUGUAAUCUGUCAGAAGAAGCUUUAUCUGGAACGCCAACUUGAAAUUGUGCUCCUUGAGGAAAAUGAGGUGGAGAAGAGCAAUAAAUUGCUUCAAAGAGACCUGCUGAAGCUCAACACUCUUCUGAACAAAAACGCCCAACUGCGCUAUGCUUUGGAACAGGAGAACGCUGUGAUGGAGACUGAAUUCCUUCAUAAACUCAAGGAGGCAGAGCGUGGAUCUUUAGAAAUGGAGGCUAAACUGGAGAGGAUACAGGAGGAAAAAGAGAGCAUUCUCAGCAAUCUGGUUGAGGCCGAGCGUCAGAUAAUGCUAUGGGAAAAGAAGACACAUGUCAUGAAAGAAACACGUUUAGUGGUGCAAGAGGGCCAACAAGAGAUCAAAAGUAUGAGGGACGACGUUCACCGUAUGGAGCGUUGGCUUAAUCAGCUGAUAAAGGAGCGUGAACGGCUUAUGGAGGACAGUGUAGCAGUUGUGGAAAGGAGAGGAUACAUCAUUGAGCGCAAUGAGGUCAUGUCUCGUGGUACCCAAAAAGCUACCAACAAGGGUGAGCUUAAUCUGAUCAAUGACGGAUUGCGGCGAAAGCUCAAAGAAAUAAACAAGAUAGUGAAAGAGUAUGAUCAGGAGAUCAAAGAACUGCAAGACGGUCAGGAAGAAUUUCAGAACAAGGCCAAGAAGAUUGAGGAGAUAAUUGAUGGCACUCCAUCUAGCACUUCUUCGCUUGAAGCUGCUCUGGAGGGUGAGACGGCGCGAGUGCAUACUAUUAACACUAUCAUUCAACGUGUGUGGGUAGAGAUGCCAAAGUACCAGGGGACACUUUGGAAGGUGUUGCGGUCGCUGGCGGAACAAACAGAUUCUGAAGAAAGCUCGAGCAGCGUUGGAUGA